AGUAGAGUCGGACCCGUGGAAUGGUUGAAACCGUACACUGAUGAUACAAUCAUUGAACUUGGACAGAAAGGAGUAAAGAGUCUACUAGCUGUCCCAAUUAGUUUUGUCAGUGAACAUAUUGAAACACUAGAAGAAAUUGAUGUUGAAUACAAGGAGUUGGCGCUCAAAUCUGGUAUAGAGAAUUGGGGGCGUGUUCCUGCGCUAGGUUGCGAACCCACCUUCAUUUCAGAUUUGGCAGAUGCAGUGAUUGAAAGUCUUCCCUAUGUGGGAGCAAUGGCGGUCUCAUAUCUUGAAGCUCGACAGCCUCUGGUUCCACUUGGAAGUGUAGAAGAGUUAUUGGCAGCAUAUGAUUCCCAGCGUAGGGAACUACCACCACCUGUGAUGGUUUGGGAGUGGGGUUGGACAAAAAGUGCUGAAACAUGGAAUGGAAGAGCGGCAAUGUUGGCGGUGCUUGUUCUACUAGUCCUAGAAGUGACCACAGGAGAGGGGUUUCUGCACCAGUGGGGCAUAUUACCGUCAUUUCGCUGA